AUGGCGGGGCCGGGGCCCGGGGCGGCUCCCCCGCGCCUGGCGCUGGCCCUGGCCCUGCUGGCCGUGCUGCUGGCCAUCAAGUACUACCGGGACGCGGAGGCGGCGCGGCAGCAGGAGCUGGCUCUGAAGUCCUUGGGGAAUGAGGGGCUGUUCCUCUUCUCCUCGCUGGACACCAACAAGGACCUGUACCUGAGCCCAGAGGAGUUCAAACCCAUCGCUGAGAAGCUGACAGGGGUUCCUGCAGUCUCAGAAUCCGAGGAGGAGGAGACGCCGGAUCCAGACGGGGAGACUUUGUCCAUUGUGGCCAAAUUCCAGCCCUUGCUCAUGGAAACAAUGACGAAGAGCAAGGAUGGUUUCUUGGGAAUUUCUCACGUGGCUCUGUCUGGGCUCAGGAACUGGACGGCCCCAGCAGCCCCCAUGAGUGUCCUGCUUGCCAGGCAGUUUAAAGCCUUUCUCCCUCCAAAGGAUAAUCUGGAUCUGGGGGAUCCAUGGUGGAUAAUUCCCAGUGAACUGAACAUCUUCACUGGCUAUCUCUCCAACAACAGGUUUUACCCUCCACCUCCCAAGGGCAAAGAGGUGAUCAUCCACAAGCUGCUGAGCAUGUUCCACCCGCGGCCCUUCGUCAGGACGCGCUUUGCCCCGCAAGGAGCCGUGGCCUGCAUCCAGGCCAGCAGCAGCUUCUACUACACCAUAGCGUUCCGGAUCCACGCUGAAUUCCAGCUGAACGAGCCACCAAACUUCCCCUUCUGGUUUUCCCCGGGGCAGUUCACAGGUUACAUUGUCCUGUCCAAGGACUCUUCCCACAUCAGGGACUUCAGGCUCUUUGUUCCUAACAACAGGUCCCUGAACGUGGACAUGGAGUGGCUGUACGGGGCAAGCGAGAGCAGCAACAUGGAAGUGGACAUUGGAUACCUGCCUCAGAUGGAGCUGGAAUCCACAGGGCCUUCGGUCCCCACCGUGAUCCACGACGAGAACGGGAACGUCCUGGACAGCAGGGACCCCUCAGGGGAGCCCAUCCAGUUUGUGUUCGAGGAGAUCACCUGGCAGCAGGAGAUCCCCUGGCAGGAGGCAGCCCACAGGCUGGAAGUGGCCAUGUAUCCAUUUAAGAAGAUCUCCUACCUGCCCUUCACAGAAGCCUUUGAGAGAGCGCAAGCAGAGAAGAAGCUGGUGCACUCCAUCCUGCUGUGGGGUGCCCUGGAUGAUCAGUCCUGCUGAGGUUCGGGGCGAACUCUCCGGGAGACCGUCCUGGAAAGUUCGCCCAUCCUCGCCCUGCUGAACGAGAGCUUCAUCAGCAGCUGGUCCCUGGUGAAGGAGCUGGAGGAGCUGCAGAGCAACAGAGAGAACGAGUUCUACAGCAAACUGGCCAAGCUGCACCUGGAGAAAUACAACUUCCCUGUGGAGAUGAUCAUCUGCCUCCCCAACGGCACGGUGAUUCACCACAUCAAUGCCAACUAUUUCCUGGACAUUACUUCUAUGAAGCCUGAAGAUGUUGAAAGCAGCAUCUUUAGUUUCUCAACCAAUUUUGAAGACCCUUCAACUGCAACUUACCUCCAGUUCCUGAAGGAAGGGCUGCACAGAGCAAAACCAUACCUGCAGCCCUAAAAACAGGCACCUGAAUGCCCCACUGAGAUGGCCAAAGACUUCAGAGAUCUAUUUUGGUUACAGCAAAGCCUCCUCAUCUCCGUGCCAGACAUUGGUGUUGAGCUGCAGGCAGUCCCAGGCCAGGGCUGUGCUCUGGACCUUGGUUUGAGCCUGAGCUGUGGUUUACACAGCCUGCCCUUCUCAGUUCAGGCACAUUUCUACAGCAGUGCAAGUGCUUGAACCCAUUCCCAGUGCACCUGCCUGGCUGUGCCACCCAGCCUGGUUUCUCUGCAGCUCCUUCCAGCCUGGUGGGACUGGUGUAACCCCAGGCCUGCUGAUCU